AUGGAUGAUAAUGAAUUGAAUGAUGAUUUUUCUGAAUAUAUUGAUGUUGAAGAUUCUUUAUCCAGGUUAUCAAAGGCUGCAUCUUUCACUACAAUUUCUAAAAGGUUAUCAUUAUUGGAAUCAACCAGUAGUCAAUUAACAAAAAAAUUAAAAUUAUCUUCUAAAUCUGAGAAGAGCUUUGU